AUGUCCGCUACAAGUGACGAUAACACAAAUGUAGGUCCGCACAACGUACCGACUCUCAAUGUACAAGAGGUGGCAGAUUCCAAUCAGAAUGUAACGGCUAUCAGCUCGACUAGAAGCAGCGCACAGAUCGAACGCAAGUCAGGAAUUAUCACCGAAGGAGAUUACGAAAGUCGGCAAAGAAGCGGGCGAAGCCGGCUGUCGAGCGGUGAGUCAGAAGUGACUUGGUUCUACUGAUGAGUCAACGAAAUUCGAAUCACGAUCAGUAUUGUGUUCAAUUGAAAAUGGCGGAAUUAAAUAAAUCAGCUUUCUUGGAAAAAGCUUAAUUUGAUUCAAAUCUUACUAGGAAGGUAGUUCGCUGAUCACAGCUUUUCAAAGCGGCCAUAGAAGAUUGGUGUCUUCGAGCUGCUGAGUAAGAAUAUUAGCCGAUACUGAUGGUCUAGCAGUCUGUAUAUUUUAUCAAAAAAAUUUGGUUUUAGUGUUUCGAUUAUCACUCUACAAGGGGGGAAAACUCAUUGAUAAGAAUUUAAUGAUCACCAUUUCUCUCUUAAACUACAUUCGAUAUCUUUAUCAGAUGGCGAAUCCAAAAGGUUUUCAAACCUUUUAGACAAUUACUACAACUAAAAGUAAUUGUUUUCCUACUGCAACAAGAAAGCAAAGCGCUGCAACGACCUAUCUUUUUCCUUACUUUUAACAGCUAAAUCUAAAAGAGCAGGUACAGGCAAAAGCAAGCUGACCCCAGUUCCCACACCAGUUGAUAAAGAUACGUCCAAAGGAGAGGUUGGCUCAGAUGCAGAAGCUGGGGAAGACAGUGAUUAUGAUACAGAUCUGGAGUUCGAAGAACCUCGUCCAGAAUACGACCCAACUGGUAAAAUAAAUUGCAUAUCAGACUUCCUUAUAUCAUGACUGCCGCGGAAGUAUUAGUCCAGUGGCAUAGAGAAGCUUUAUAAAAAAUUCCUAUCUGGUUAUGAGGAAUUUGUAGUCAUUAUCUUGUUGAAACCUAGACUAGUAGCAUUAUAUUAUAUUUAACAAAUUGCCCACAAUUUUCCAUUGUCUAGAACCUUAUUAAUCAUAGAAAUGACGUCCGCAACGUUCAAAACUAAAGUGAAACCACGAAGCGCAGCUGAAUACGUUGAAGUGUGCGUUUUUUAUUUCGCGCGCGUGACACGAUCAAUCGUUACUCUGUUUGUUUUAAUUUGAGAUACGUAAAGAUUUAUAAAAUAAGUACAGGUAAGAAAUGGAUGGCGAUAGACUCUGUUGCUCUGAAUUUUUUUGUUUCCCACUUAGUUUUAAUUUUUGUGCUGUUUGCUACAGCAACGACAAGUAUUUCUACGGGGCCGUCCGUCUUUUAACUUGGAAACCGAGAACCGGAUUUCAGUUCCUGAAGGUUUUCCUGCACUUUUUCUUCCAUCACGAAAAGUUUUUCUUCAAACACUUCCCCACGUAUACCGAUCUUAAUAUUUUGAAGUUUGUUACCACCCAGUUUGUUACCAUCCAGAUCUCAAAAUUUGCAAUUGUCUUUACGAGAUGAAGUUCUUUUCUCUGACAUGGCGAUGAUUGUCGAGCGUUGUGUUACAUCAUACAUCUUUUUUAUCGUUUAUCACCUUAUUAGCAACAGUUUUCGACCAAUGCGCUCGAGAAGUUCUGCAGACAUCACAAAAAUGUUAUAUAAUGUAUAAAAUAUUAUCACAUAUCUAUACAUUCCAUUAGAUAUAUUUUCAAUUGAAACGUUGUUUUUCCAUAAUUAUUAUCUCUAGGUGGAUAUUUGAUAACAAAGACAGCCAACUUUUGUAACAAAUUUAUAUUUCUAUUCCACUCCGACUACUAGGUCGAAAAGCAUACCGGGAUGCCUGCUCUCAACUCGGUAUCAUUCCAGUCUCCUUUGUUAUCGAGCACAUCACAAGGGAGGAGAUUAACAUUAAACACCAUGGCCUGGGUCCAACCGGAGCCCAAGCCAUAGCAGCUGCACUAAUGCGAAACACGACAACGACGAAACUAAAUCUAAGAGACUGCGCAAUAGGUGAGAUGGUUUUUUUUUCUUUCAUGCGUGUCCCCAAUAUUAAUUUAUUGAGGUAGAUCCAGAUCAUAUUAAUACAUUUUCUCUCUAGCAUGUUUUUCUCCUUUUCCAUCAUCCAUUUAGAUCCAGAAGGCAGUGUUUACAUCGCCAGAUUACUUCGAGAAAAUUUUUAUAUCACGGAGCUGGACCUUGCUGAGAACAAAAUCAAAAGCCCUGGCGCGAAAGCUAUUGCCGAAGUUCUUAAUGAUAACAACACCAUAAAAACUCUGAACUUAUCCUGGAGCGAGUUCAAAGACAAAGACGCCGCUUGUCUGGCAGAAGGAAUUCGUGUAAAUCAAACUCUGGUGUGGCUCGAUUUGAGUCAUAACAACUUUUGUGAAGAAGCUGGAGUUUUAUUCGGUAAGAAAUACAAAACUUUGAUCGAGUAGAGUAAUCGUAGAGGGCCCAGUUGUACAAAGGUCGGAUAACGCUAUCUAGCAAAUAAAUUGCUACCUGGUGGAUGAGUGAUCGCAAAACGUAUAGCGUUAUCUACCGUAUAGAGUUUUAUCCAGUGGAUAGCGUUAUCCAACAUUCGAAUAACCGGGGCCAGGUGAGGUACGCAGUCUGAAAAGGUAUGUUGUUGGUAACAGUGACUGACGCCUGCCUCGACAGCCUAAUUACAGAAGACAUCAUUAGAGUCAAACGAAGCGCUGUUUUCCAGUCGUCUUUCAUAUUUGUAAGUCUGGCUUCUUGACAGUGUUCAAUUUUGCCGUCAUUUUGAUUAAUCUUAGGACUCACAAACUACACUUUUCAUUUAGUUGCUCGAGAGAUUCGAGAGAUGCACGCGCUCUGAUUGGUCAACUAAUCACUGAUCAUCUAGAACAAGGUGAUUAUAAUACCAAAGCGCUAAUUUUCAAGAUGGCCAUUGGGCAUUGUCCUCGAAUUGGUCUCCAGGGUUGUCAUACAAAUAGGCUUUUCAUCUUUGCGGAAUAAUUGUUCAACAACUUCAGACAUACAAGCUGACGCUGAUGGUGACUUCCACUCAGGUCGACGAGAUGUUAGUCAAUUGCGAUCACCGACAUAAAAUUUUCGAACUACUCACUGCCAGAGCUUGAGGUGGUUUUUUUUUACUAAAGGUCAUUUGACGCGGCAGUUAGAGAGGGUUAAGGUUAACCGAGAUUGUAUCAUCCAUGCAGUUUUUUUCUGAGGGGACAGUUGCUCUCAAGACAGUUAUUCUAAGACAGUUACUUUAAGCUAUCUGGUAUUACGAAAAUAAUAUCUACCCGCGUGUUUCGUAAGUGUCCUGACGCAGAUCGAAUAAAUCUUGGAAGUUAACCGACGAGCUUAGAACUAACAAUUUCAAUCAGAGGAGGAUUUUCUCUUUGAGUUUAAGUAACUCACUAUUUUAAUAUUUUAAACAAUUUUAACAGAUUUGAGUUGCAAUUUGCCUCGAGUUUAUAAAAGAUUUUGCGUCUUAUUUACCCAACUAUACCCUUUUAUUUGUGUUUGCACAACAACAAUUUUACAAUGUUUUUACUCUAGGACCGGCCAUUGAUGCAAAUGGUGGAUUGGAAUAUCUCAACCUUAGCUGGAAUCAUUUACGAGGAAAGGGUGGAAUUGCUAUCGGCAGAGGGCUCCGCGCCAACUGCAGCUUGAAGACACUCAACCUAUCUUGGAAUGGGUUUGCUGAUGAAGGUGCAGCUGCGGUUGGAGAAUCACUUAAAGAAAAUAACACACUUACUGACAUAGAUUUGACUAACAACCGGAUUUCCACUCAAGGUGCUCUGGCGCUUAGUAAAGGAAUUCAAGUCAAUAAUACUUUGAAAAUAUUAAGGUUUGUAACGAGUGUACUAUACCUAGAUACAUAUUGCAUACUGACGAGAUAACGAUGGAUGGCGUAGAAACCUAUUUUGAUUGCGAGUUGAUUAAAGCUGUGGGCGAGAUACUCAUGGCUAGAGACAUUUUUAAUCCUACCAGACUUACAUAAGCAGACUCAGAAAAAUGCUAAGUGACGAAAGCCCUAGCGUAACAAGGCCUAACGAACGAGUAGUGUUCCUAACUACUUCAGUUUUACAAUUUUGAUGAAAAAUUUGGGUUAUUCCUUUGGAGUGACAAAUAAUGUAAAUUUUUCCAAAGUAAAGAAAUGGUCCUCGUUUGAGAGUCUCGAUGGGGUUAACUGCUGGCCGUAAAACGGCCAAAAAAUUUAGCCUUAUGGCGUAAUAAUUGACAAAUUUUAACCGAUAGUCGUAAAAAUGUUAACAGUGAAAACAUUUGUGGUGACAAUAAUCAUAUUAACCGUUUGCCGUAAAAUAGCGAAAAUUUUUACCGUUAGCCGUGUAAGCUAUCGCCCCAUUGAGACCCUCUCGUAAGUGAGUUACAGUUGAAGCAAAAUACAGAAACAGAACUUUCAGGCUUCGACGAGAUUCGAACCCGUGUCUCCCACAUACUAUACCAACUGAGCUACGAAGCCACACGCGGGGAUUAUUUCUUCGUUUUAAUCUCAUACACAGACCAAGUUCGGAUUUAUUUCAUUAAUAUUGAUGAUGUUUGUUUCUUAAAUGUAUGACUUGAAAGUACUCAUUAAAGAUAACCUUCUCGCGUUGCUUCAUUGCAGAAUUGGAAUGAAUCCCUUACAAAAUGCUGGUGCUUUUGGCCUUCUCACAGCCAUGAAGAACAACCUUGAUACGGCGUUAGAAAAAAUGUUACUCAACAGUGUUGUGGUGACCUUAGAGACCCAGGCCCUCGUAGAGCUUCUUUUGGGCCAACAUCCGGGACUCACCAUUACCUGCACUUAUAGCAAACGUUCAGGAAACCUAUCGGAAGAACUUGACAAUCUUUACGGAAAAAACAAGAAGAACGACUUGAUUUACAUUCUCAAGCAAUACGUCGAAGAGAAGAAUUAUCGGUUGGUAGAUUUGUUUAACCAGUUUGACAAAGACAAUAGCUUAUCAGUGACCAGGGAGGAAUUUCGGCAAGGGCUAAAAGGCAUUGGUGUGCCCAUGACCGAUGAUCAGCUGACCGCAUUGAUUGACAUGUUGGAUGAAGACGGGGACGGUGAAAUUGACUACGGUGAAUUCACGUGGAUAAAUGAAGUAGAAUAA